AUUUUUAAAAAAUUUCCGUUUGCAAAAGCGAUGGGCAAUUUGUAAUUUGCAUGUGUCUUCGCAGAAACAACAGUAGUCAGCAACUUGACAACAACAAUUUUUUUUAUUUUUAUUCAAAAAAAAAAAAGGCAGUAAACUUUCUAAAUACUCUCUAUAUAAUAAUCAAUUCUUAUGCCUCUCAAAAUCACAAAAAUCUAACCAAAAUCUUUUCUCAGUUUUCGGCUUUCAUUCAAAAAUAGUUCUGUUCAAUGACUUUCAUAUUUAGUUACAACUCCCCCGUCGGAAAAUGGCUCGGCUUCGUCGCCGCCGUUUGGGUACAAGCCAUUUCCGGCAACAAUUACACUUUCUCCAACUACUCUGACGCUUUAAAGUCUCUAAUGGCACUUACUCAGCUCCAAUUAAACAACCUCUCCGUCGCUAAAGACGUCGGAAAAGCGUUCGGCAUACUCGCCGGACUUGCCUCCGACCGAUUAUCAACUCCUGUUAUUCUUCUAAUUGGUGGAGUCGAAGGUUUCAUUGGUUACGGUGUUCAAUGGCUUGUUGUUAGUGGUACAAUUAGACCUCUUCCUUAUUGGAUUAUGUGUAUAUUUUUAUGCAUGGGAGGUAACAGUACUACAUGGAUGAAUACAGCUAUUUUAGUUACUUGUAUAAGGAAUUUCAGGAAAAACAGAGGACCUGUAACGGGAAUUUUGAAAGGUUAUGUAGGAUUAAGUACGGCGAUUUUCACCGAUAUUUGUUCGGCGUUAUUUGCUAGUGAUCCUUCAACUUUCUUACUCCUUCUCGCUGUAGUUCCGUUCGCCGUUUGUUUAACAGCGAUUCUUUUUCUCCGUGAAAUUCCACCUUCCUCAACUCCCGCAGAAGAAAAAGAAGAGGUUAAAUACUUCGGCGUUAUUAACAUAAUUGCCGUCAUUAUAGCGAUUUAUUUGUUAGCUUUCGACCUUUCCGGUACUCAUGGAAAAAUAUUUUCACGAAUUUUUGCUGGAAUACUUCUAGUACUUUUAGCUUCACCUUUAGCCAUUCCGGUUCACCUUAUGGUGAAAAACUUCAUCCGUCAAAAUUCAUUGAAUUUAGACGUUGAAGGGAACAACAACAAUAUUGCAGAGCCAUUGUUGUGCAGCGAUGAAACAGUUACAGUUACAGAGGAAGUGGAGAAAAAGGAGGUGGUUAUAGUGGAAGCGGCAAAUGCGGUGGCAGUUGUGGAAAAAAAGGCACCUGUUAUUGGAGAAGAUCACACGAUUUUUGAGGCAAUGAAGACUCUGGAUUUCUGGAUCUUGUUUGUUUCAUUUCUAUGUGGAGUAGGAACUGGUUUGACUGUGAUGAACAAUUUGGGGCAAAUGGGAUUAGCUCUUGGAUAUGUUGAUGUUUCCAUUUUCGUCUCUCUCACAAGCAUUUGGGGAUUUUUCGGUCGCAUUAUUUCCGGCUCUGUUUCAGAAUAUUUCAUCAAAAAAGCUGCAAUGCCAAGACCGAUAUGGAAUGCGGCUUCACAGAUUCUGAUGGCUAUAGGAUACAUCUUACUGGCAAUGGCUAUGCCAGGAUCGCUCUACAUUGGGUCUAGCAUCGUUGGAAUUUGCUAUGGAGUUCGUCUUGCUAUCUCCGUUCCAGCUGCUUCCGAGCUCUUUGGUCUCAAAUAUUACGGUCUCAUUUACAAUGUCCUGAUUCUCAACCUUCCACUCGGAUCAUUCCUCUUCUCCGGUUUGCUCGCGGGUCUUUUGUAUGAUGCUCAGGCUACAAAGACAGCUGAUGGAGGCAACACUUGUGUUGGUGCUCACUGCUACAGGCUUGUAUUCAUUGUCAUGUCUAUAGCUUGCAUCGUGGGGUUCGCCUUGGAUAUUUUGCUAUCGAUUAGAACCAAGAACUUGUAUGCUAAGAUUUAUGCAAGCAGGAAAGCAAAGAAGACUAGUGCUGUAUUAUCUUGAUGAUGAAUUUGUUGAUGAUUCUCUUUGGGUACUCAUUGUGAGGUCAAGUGGGAGGAUUGACAGGACAUUGUUUGCUGAUGAUACCCUUUCACUUGCACUAGUGUAAUUUUGAAAAGUCAAUUGUGCUUGAUUUGUGGAAAUUUCGUUACUCUGUGUUGAGUAAAUCUGUAUUCUUUGUACGAUAAUAAGCUUGUAAAACUAUUGAAUUGAAAAGGUAUAUUUUUUAACCGUGUUAACACGAAAAAACGAUUAGUGUCAUUUGAUUUGUAUACAAGCACAUUGGACAAUAGGUGUGCGCGAUACGAAGGAAAAUGUCUUUCAGGCAAGUAAGUAAAUAAAAUAUAUAUUAUUCAAAAAAA